AUGGUUGAUAUAAAAUUAUGCAUUGUUAAAUUAGAUGGAAGUAGCGAAUAUCGUCAUGUCAAUAUACCAACAUUAAUACCAUCAACAGAUAUUUUAUCAAUCUUACGUGAAAACAUUCUCAAUUCUUUUCGGAAUGAUAUUCGUGGACUUGUUUCGGCUCGAUCAUCUGAUGGAGUAAAUGAAGCUGCACGUGAUCAAGCAUCACCUCAACAACUUUUACGUGUUUUUGUUAAAUUUAUUAAAGAGAAUUUCAAUCGAACCAAACCAAUGCCGUCCAAAUACCUGGGAGUUAUUUGUUGUAAUCGUUCACCGAUUAUUGGUAUCCGUUAUAAAUGUUUAGAAUGUGUUGAUUAUGAUUUAUGUGAGUCAUGUGCUGAUUGUCAAUUAAUUCAUUCUCAUCAUGUUUUAGCCAAAAUACGAACACCUGAUCAGACUGAUGUUGUUCGAAAGCUUUGUUCAACGAUUCGAUCAAAUCCAAAUCAUUAUCAACAACAACCGCAGCGAAUUAAAGUUCCAUCGGAAUUCAUGGUUAAUCAAGGUAAUCAAACGGGCAAAGAUAAAUCGUAUCAAUCCAAUGGAACACAAGCAAUAUCUAGCGAAGAAAAAGAUCCAAUUAUUGAUGAUGAAAUGGAAAUAAUUCCUUCAAAUGAACUUCAUGAUGAUUUUGUUCAAUUAGAUUAUCAUCCUGAAGAACAAGAAUAA